AUGUAUCUCUAUCCCAUCGAAAGUCUGCGCCUCAACUAUGAAGCUGAACCCACCGAAGUGCCCUCGACAGCCGACCCUGACGGCUUGAAACCCCUGGAUUGUGACGAUCGCAGCUCAGCCGUCGUCCUGGGCAUCAUACUCGUCUUGAUCCUUUAUGUGCUGGGCUGUGUUUGUCUCAUGAGAGUCAAGAAACGAAAAGGACAUAAUACCGAACGAUGGCCGUCGAGGCAAGCGGUCACCACUACCGAGCAUGGAAGGAGUUCCAGCGAAGAACAAUCACGAUACUCAGUAAACUGGAAGUCGCUCUUCGGCCCCAAGAUGAGCCGUCUUAAUAGAGGCGAGUCGGCUACUGACCGGAACGGUGAUAGUGAGAAAGGACACCUAUCUUGGCCAAGUACGAGUUCGCUAUCACACACUCGAGGAAUGGCACCGUGCCAUGAGACUGCGACACUACAGACGCAUAGAAGAUCUGUGUACUAUACAAGACCGCUCUCGCCACCAUCCCAGCCUGAACCUCGAGAAGAACCCUUCAAUAGUCCUCCAGCACUGCGACAUGCCUCACAUCACAGGCGCCAGAGUAGCGUGUAUUCCAUGGAUUUGGACGCUCCAACCCGUCGAGGGUCUCUACCCAAGACGCAGCACAACAGACGACAGCGAAGAGGGUUAGCCUCGCACGGUGGCUGCACAGCGCGUGCUAGUCAACGUAUCUCAACCCUUCCACCCAUUCUUGAGCCCAAAGCUGUUCCUUAG